UUUCUACUUCAUUUUAUAGCUUUAAUGUCCAGCUAAACCUGAUCCUCUACCCCCUCCAAAAUCCAUAUUUGUUACUGACAUAUGUGAAAUAAAAACUAAAAUGCCUGCGACUAAACUACGUCAACGUCCUGGCCACUAUUUAUGUGGUUUAGCCAAUUGGCAUCCCGCCUGGAUGCAACGUUAUGCCAAUACAAAAAUGUUUAUGGCCGUCUAUGGUUUAUUGGGCACCAUUCAAGCCAUGUCGUACAUGUAUUUUAUAGUCACUUUAACGACCAUUGAGAAAAGAUUUAAAAUACCCAGUCAAACAACAGGUAUCAUUCUCAGUGGCAAUGAAAUAUCACAAAUUCUCUUAUCCCUAAUACUUUCGUAUAUUGGUGGUCAAAGAAAUCGUCCACGCUGGAUUGCCUGGGGUAUUGUAUUCUGUGGUUUAUCCUGUUUUAUUUUAGCUCUGCCACACUUUAUCUAUGGCGCGGGUAAAGAUGCUUUAGAAUUGACAAAGGAAUAUUAUGAGAAUGGGGGAGAAGAUAAUGUGACAACUACCAUAUCAUUGGUUAAUUCAACCAUUAAAAAUUCUCAGCAAUUGUGUGGCGCUUUAAAGUUGAAUCAAGAAUGUGAAUCGUUAUUAUCGGUGGUACCUUUAAUCUUAAUAUUUCUCUCGCAAUUUGUACUUGGUGUGGGUAAUACUUUAUACUAUUCGUUGGGACAAACCUAUUUAGAUGAUAAUACCAAGAAAACCAACACUCCCUUAAUGCUAGCGGUGGCUAUGUCUUUGAGAAUGAUAGGACCCAUAGUUGGGUUUUUCAUAGGUUAUUUGUCCUUAAAUAUGUUUAUUGAUCCUAGUAAAACACCUUUGAUAGAUAAUAAAGAUCCCAGAUGGUUGGGUGCCUGGUGGUUUGGUUGGAUGAUUUUGGGCACUUUAAUGGUUUUAUUUUCGGGUUUAAUAGGACUUUUCCCCAAAGAAUUACCCAAGAAAACUAAGCACUUAUAUAACUCUCAUAUGCCUCAAGUUUUGAGACAUGAAGAAUUACAAAUGGAUGAGGGUUUGCCUUUGGGUAGAGGUUUCUCUUCGAAUGCUACUCUCGAUACACCUACAGCGGCUACUUCCGACUUUCCUACUCUAAAAGACUUUCCCAAGGCCCUUAUGCGUUUGUUGCGCAAUAAACUUUUAAUCUAUAAUAUUAUCUCGGGUGUUUUCUAUAUAUUGGGUGCUGCUGGCUAUAUGACAUUUUUAACCAAAUACAUGGAGGUUCAGUUUCAUAAGACAGCACAAAGUGCUACUAUUGUUGUGGGUCCAGUAUCGAUAAUAGGCAUGGUUAUUGGUUUAAUUGGUUCGGGUUUAAUAAUAUCGAAAAAGAAACCCUCACCCAGUAAGGUGUUAAUGUGGAAUGUUAUUGUGGGUUUUGUCUAUAUAUUGGGGCAAAUAUCGUAUAUGUUUAUGUACUGUAAUGACACGGUAUCGGUGGAUCAAGUGGGUGGCAAAUUAAAUCUUACUGCAACUUGUAAUGCUAAUUGUGCUUGCGAUGAUGUGCCCUAUUCACCGGUUUGUCAUGAACCGUCUGAGACUACAUAUUUCUCACCCUGUCAUGCCGGAUGCCAGAAAUGGAAUGCGGAUCUUAAGUACUACUCCAAUUGUACCUGUUUACCCUUAGAUCUGAUAACAUCUACCACAGAACUGCCCUAUACAACAACAUCCAGUAUAUUUUCAACGAUCUCUACAGAGCCUAGCUCUAUGCUGCCUAAAUUAUUGCAACCAUUAUUAACAACCACAACUUUAAUUCCUACUACUACCACACUACGAUCAACUACCACCAAUUCCAUAGUCACAACGACAGAAAAUCUAUUAGAAUACUCCUCCACUCUAGAAAAUGAUGACACAACUUUCUAUAGUGUUGUCACCGAAGAGGGUAUAAUUUCCCGUGGCCGCCGAUCCUUAGACGAUAUGACAAAUGUUCUUAAGCCGGGUGUGUGUUUAAAAGGUUGCAAUAUUGCCUUCUGGACUUUUUCGAUAGCAUCAAUGAUAGUUAAUUGGUUUGGUUCCUCCGGACGUAUAGGCAAUUUAUUGGUCAACUAUAGAUCGGUGUCUACCGAAGAUAAAUCCUUUGCUCAGGGUUUAUCUCUAAUGAUGGUUAGUCUAUUUGCUCUUAUACCAGGACCCAUAAUAUUUGGACGUAUUAUCGAUUCUACCUGUCUGAAAUGGACUAAAACCUGUAGUGGUAAUGGCAAUUGUCAAAUUUAUGAUCAAUCAGCUUUCAGAUAUUUAGUAAAUACAGUGGCAUUUUCUUUAACUGCCAUUGGUGUAGUUUUCGAUAUAUUAGUUUGGUAUCAUGGUCGUCAUUUGGAUUUGUAUGGCGAAAGAGAGGCUCAACGUUUGGAAGAAAAGGAACGUAGAAAUAAACCCAUAACACCGUUAUUAGCCAAAAAAUAAUAAGAUUUUAUUUCUAUUAGAUAUUAAGUAUAACGAAUUUUAUAUAUUAGUCCUAUGAACUAUAUACAAUUUAACACACAUGUGCACAUAAUUUGUUAUGGAUUUAGCAAAGUAUUUAGCUUUAUCGUGUGAAUAUUGUGAAGUUAUUUUUUUUUGUUAAAAUUAUUAUUUUUAUUACUGUUUAUUUAUUUAAAUUGUUAUUUAAAAUAAAUUAAGACGUUUUAUUAAAAAAAUCCUAUAAAAUUACUUUUAA